AUUGUGCUCCGAGCCGCCGCCAGCGCCAGCCGCAGCAGCUCCGGCUCCUCCUGCGCCCGCCCGCCUGCCCGCCCUCCAUCCCUCCCUCCCUCCCUCCCGCACGGCAGCCGCGCUCGCCCAGCGGACGGGGUGUAAGGCAGCGACGUCGGCAGGAGCAUGGCCCGUACCAAGCAGACCGCCCGCAAGUCCACCGGUGGCAAGGCGCCCCGCAAGCAGCUCGCCACCAAAGCCGCCCGCAAGAGCGCGCCCUCCACUGGCGGGGUGAAGAAGCCGCACCGCUACAGGCCGGGUACUGUGGCUCUGCGUGAAAUCAGGCGCUAUCAAAAGUCCACCGAACUUUUGAUCCGCAAACUUCCCUUCCAGCGUCUGGUGCGUGAAAUUGCUCAGGACUUCAAGACAGAUCUGCGCUUCCAGAGCGCUGCCAUCGGUGCUUUGCAGGAGGCAAGUGAAGCCUACUUGGUUGGCCUGUUUGAAGACACCAACCUGUGUGCUAUCCAUGCCAAACGUGUCACAAUCAUGCCAAAAGAUAUCCAGCUAGCACGCCGCAUACGUGGGGAGCGUGCCUAAAACCUCACCACGAUGGGUUUGUCAUUCUCGAAGCAAAAUCUUCUUCCUGUUAUUGGUAGUAAUGAACGUUAGAUAUUUUUUCCAUGGGGUUAAAAGGUACCUUAAGUAUAUGGUUGCAAGUGGAAAAAUAGGGGACAGAAUUGGGUAUUGGCAAGUUUUCUUUCCAUUUUCAUUUGUGUGUGGAUUUUUAAUAUAAACAAGGGGACAUAAAAACAAACAAUGUGGUCAAAAAAUAAAAACAUGAAUUGUUGAAACUUGUUCACCAAAACAACUUUAUAAAAAAAAUAAAUAAACCUGACAAAUUUUUCUGGACAAUGCCAGCAUUUGGAUUUUUUUAAACAAGUAAAUUUCUUAUCAAUGGUAACUAAAUGGUGUUUGUAGCAUUUUUAUCAUACAGUAGAUUCCAUCCACUCACUAUACUUUUCUAACUGAGUUGUCCUACAUGCAAGUACAUGUUUUUAAUGUUGUCUGUCUUCUGUGCUGUUCCUGUAAGUUUGCUAUUAAAAUACAUUAAAUGA